AAGUCGAGUAUGUGGAAAAUUUCUUCGUCCUCGUCACGCUCCCAAUUCCGUAUUCGACGAUCCCCCCCAACAGCGACGUGUAUGCGUACAUUUUCCACUCUUGUCGAUCGUUCCCUUUAUUGUUACGGGUUUUGAUUCGUGUUUAUACGGAGAUCGAGGCAUUUAACGCUGUAAAUUUCUUAGGUAGGGAGCCUCCGCUGUGUCGAAGAUAUCGUAUUUGAGAAAAAUUGCGAACAAGAGAGGAGGAGAAAGAGCGUUGGGCGAUUUGGAUUUUAUUUUCCAACCAUGAUCAAUUUCGUGCUGCUGAUCAGCAGACAAGGAAAGGUGAGACUGACAAAAUGGUACUCCACGUAUUCACAGAAGGAAAGAACAAAGGUUAUCCGGGAGCUUAGUGGAGUAAUUCUCUCACGAGGCCCGAAACUCUGCAAUUUCGUCGAGUGGAGAGGGUACAAAGUAGUGUAUAGAAGAUAUGCGAGUCUAUAUUUCUGUAUGUGCAUUGAUCCAGAUGACAAUGAGUUGGAAAUCCUUGAAAUUAUUCAUCACUUUGUUGAGAUACUGGACCGUUACUUUGGCAGUGUUUGCGAGCUGGAUUUGAUCUUCAACUUUCAUAAGGCCUACUACAUAUUGGAUGAAAUUCUGCUUGCGGGUGAACUUCAAGAGUCGAGCAAGAAAACAGUAGCACGACUUAUAGCUGCACAGGAUUCGUUGGUGGAAACUGCGAAAGAGCAGGCUAGUUCAAUAAGCAAUAUAAUUGCACAGGCUACAAAAUAGGAAACCAGGUCCUCUAUUCAACAGGUUCAUGCAUUUUCCCAACCCUCUUUUUUCUUUUUUUUUUUUCUUUUUUCUUUUUGAAAUGCAGCGUUUCCCUUUGCUGUUGAUGAUGUUGUAGUGUUCUCUUGGUACUAAAAUGUUGAGCUUGUACUCUGAAGUGCUUUCUAUAUUAAGUCUUUAUAUUUGUUCUCUCA